AUGCGGUCCUCGGACCCCACCUACCCACUCUUUCCUAUCUUCGCAUUCUUUGGGUUUAUUCUCCCCCUCAUUCCCCUUCAAUGGCAUCUAGCAGCGUGGAACUCUGGAACAUGCUAUUUCAUGAUAUGGGCCUCCCUCGCAAGUCUCAAUCAAUUCGUAAACUCGAUCGUGUGGGCCGACAAUGUUACCAACUGGGCACCAUGGUGGUGCGAAAUUUCCAUUCGAAUUCAGAUUGGUGCCUCUGUUGCUGUACCUGCGUCCUGUAUGUGUAUUCAAAGACGGCUCUACCAAAUCGCGAGUGUGCAGGCGGCGUCAGUGACGCCCGCUGAGAAACGACGCGCUGUUCUCGUCGACAGCCUUAUUUGCCUCCUUUUUCCUUUGUGCUUUAUUACUCUGCAAUACGUUGUACAAGGCCAUCGUUUCAACAUUUAUGAAAAUAUCGGCUGUGCUCCUGCCAUCUACAACACAUUGCUCUCUUAUUUCAUUAACUUCAUGUGGCCCAUCAUCAUCGGACUGAUAUCAGCGUUUUACUGUGUCCUUACACUUCGCGCCUUCCAUCGCCGCCGCCUAGAAUUCAGCCAAUUCCUGUCUUCCAACCAAUCUCUAACCAUCAGCCGAUACUUUCGACUCAUGGCUUUAGCCACGACGGAAAUAUGCUGUACGACGCCACUGGCGAUAGCGGUGCUCUGCCUUUGUGCGACUUCAGAGCCGAUUGAGCCAUGGAGGAGCUGGUCGGAUACGCACUAUCAAUAUUCACGCAUCGUUCAAGUACCUGCACUGAUCUGGCGAUCGAACGAAAUGCUUGUGGCGUCUUACGAGACUUCACGAUGGAUAACUGUCCUAUGUCCCUUGGUGUUUUUUUGCUUUUUCGGAUUUGUACACGAGGCGAGGAAGCACCAUCGUGCUCUAUUCAAUGCCGCCCUUAAACGACUUGGGUACCAACAACCGCCCCUGCCUCCCCAGAAGGAUCCUUCGUAA